AUGAUUGUGUAUGGUCGGGGAUUAAAAGUCUCACGAGAUCGGUUUAAUGCAUUCCUUUCUCCGCAUGAAGUAGAUGCGCUUCUAGAGAGUCGACUUGGUGGCUCUGACGAAGAAGAAAUUGCCACCAUUUUUAGAAAUAAGGGUGUAGACUGGAAGUUCCGGAUUUUUCUUCCAUAUGCCCGCGAUUUUGAACACUCGCCAUGCAUCUACAUCUUUGAUAGCUGGGUUUUCGUUUUCACACAGAAAAGAGUCGGCGGAGAGCUGGAUACGCCCAUCCCAUCUUCUUUCAACGAUCUCCGCCAGCUUCUCUCCGUCGAAUCUCCUGUCGACAAAAGCACCGCAGAGAACUUCAUGGGUCGACUGAAGGAGAAGCUCCUCUACCUGAUGAUUGUUGAGUGCCUGAUAAAUGCAGAUUCGUUCCAGUGGCAGGUGUAA